UGAAGGGUUGGAUAUAACGGAGAGCUGGAAAGGGUAUGGAAGGCUGGGCUUGAAGGGGAGAGAAAGAGAGCAUUCGUUUCGUUUUAUUGAAGAAGAAGACGAAGCUCUCUGUAGUAUUGGUCGGCUCUUCUUCACAGUUUCCAGUGCCAGAUUUCUUGCACUUUCUCUCUCUUUCUAGCUAACCAAACAUGGGAUUUUGAAUGGGAUUGAAGAGAACUGGAUAAAUGUCGAGGAUCUGUAACUUUUACGGAGACAGAAGAGUUUUAGGUACAUUUGCAGUGAUUUGCAGGUGCUUUUCGCAGGGAGUGAGUUCCACGCUGGAUUCUGAUUUACGAAACUAAUUUUGAGUUUUGAAGAUUGGGCUUCGUUUCAUUGAGAUUUAUAGGGAGAAGAUACAUUGUGAAAGAUUUAAGCCGUUUCAGAGAGAAUUCGGAGGACAUCUUCACACGGUGUACUGUUAGAGGAUACAAUUUUAAAUCAGAUUUCUGGAUACACAAAGAUCGGAAUCUGACAUGAAAGUCCUUUGAAAUGUCAUUCAGUUGAAAAUCCGAUAAAAGAUUUGAAUACUGCAAAGACAGAGAACUAGACAAAGCGAAGUGUUGUGAAUCGGUGAAUAAUCAUAAGAGACAAUUCCUCAAAAUCUGAAUGAUAUUGAAAGUCUACAGUGUCCCAAGAACAACCAGUAGUUUCUCCGGUAAUCAGCAGAUUUCUUCAACAAGUUUGAAGUUUUUAGGUGUACAAAAAGUAAAUGGAAAAGGAUUCAUUGAGGAGCAAUAAUAAUGGAAGCACGAGCAACACCACCACCCAUAGCAGUGCCCAGAGAACCAGCUUAGAUCCCAAUGGGCAAACGACGUCGUCUGAUUUUGUAUUGCAGUGGGGGAACCGGAAGCGGCUCAGGUGUAUGAAAGUUCAAGUCAAGGACGUCUCGACCGCUCUGGUUCAUAAGACAACUGUUCGGGUGGACCGUCGGGUUGUUAGAGCUGAUAACAUAGACACCUCUGAUCAUCAGCCAAGAAGUACAAACAACAGCAGCAGCAACAACAAUAAUCCCACCAAUCACAGUAACGGAUAUUUUAAUCUCCGCCAACGUCCGCCUACUCCUCCACCGCCGCCACCUCAGCGGAGUUUAAGGAACUCAGAGAAUUCAAGUGUCAUGAGAGGAGGCCAGAGUAACGGCGGUGGUUUGAGAAGGAUUGCUUCACCGGACAAGGGUGCGCACGAUGAGAGAAGCAACAAUAACCACCACCACCACCACAGCAGCAGCAACCAUGAGAACCAUAACCAUAAUAACAAACCCGCGGCUUCUUCGGAUAGCAAGAAAGGAGGAAGGUCAUCUUCUGGGGGGAGUGGAGAACCACCGCCGCCACCACCACCACCAGUUUGGCCACCGAAGUUUGUUAUUGCUUUAACUAAUAAAGAGAAAGAGGAAGAUUUCUUUGCCUUUAAAGGGUCUAAGUUGCCUCAAAGACCCAAAAAGAGAGCCAAGUUCAUUCAACGCACCCUCAAUCUUGUGAGUCCUGGAGCAUGGCUAUGUGAUUUGACACUAGAACGGUAUGAAGUGAGAGAGAAGAAGAUCACCAAGAAGAGACCGAGAGGGUUGAAGGCCAUGGGAAACAUGGAUUCUGACUCCGACUAGGAAAAAAACUCUGGACAAAUCACAAAUGUACCUGGGAGGAAGAUGGAUGUUGAUGACAAAACAUCGUUGGAAUUUGUUGGGUUUUUUUUUUCUCGGAGGAGGUAAGAAAAAUGCUGGCUCCCCCGUACUGUAUAAAUCAUGACCUUUCACCUCCUGCAAGAAAGAAAAGGAUAAAAUUUCAGUCGUA